GCGAGUACUUAUACUGGCUUGACGUCAUGCACCCACUACUUCACUCCUCAGACUCUACUCAUGACUGACUACGUUCGUCGACUGGUAUCCGGAAAGAAAGCUCGUUUUAAGGACCACAAACUCGAUGUAGAAUUAGACCUCGUGUAUCUGACAGACCAAGUCAUUAUUAUGGGAUACCCAGCCUCUGGAGUUGAAGGUCUCUACAGAAAUCGACGUGAAGACGUCAAAAAGUUUUUGGAUCAUAGGCACGGAAAAAAUUAUUGGAUUUUCAACUUUUGCCCUAUCAAGGAAAACUCUUACGACUCUCAAUACUUUGAGGGAAGAGUCAGUCGAUAUCCUUUUCCAGACCACCAUGCUCCACCACUCGCUUUGAUGCCUCUGGUUGCUCGCGAAAUGCGGAGCUGGUUGGAUGGUUCAUCGGAAAGAGUUGCAGUUCUACACUGCAAAGCUGGCAAAGGACGCUCGGGAACAAUGGCGUGCGCCUAUCUGCUCUCCUUAAACUCGAAUCCCGCCAUUCCUCUCGAAAAAAGCUACAGUACGAAGGAAUGGGCCGCUAAGCGUGCCGACGACGCUAUGGACAUCAUUCCGCCUGACGACGACCGUCAUUCCACUGAGAGUUCGAUCACAGACCAGACCACGGUAGAGUCUCCAGUCCAAGCAGACUCCUCACCCCAAUCCAACACCACUCCAAAUCAUUCUCCUAUGGCUCUUAAACACGUCUUGGACCUACAUACCUCUCGCCGCAUGAAACAGCCUUUGACAUCCGAUAAAAAAGUCAAACAAGGUGUAAGCAUCCCAAGUCAAAGACGGUAUUUGUACUACUGGUCUCUUAUUCUCUCACACCAAGCACCUACGCAUCUAUGGUCAAACGACCCGCUCAUGCCCUCGGCCCCGCCAACGAGCACACCCAAAGUUCGUUUGGCAGAGAUCAAGUUGCGUACGAAAGAGUCUGGAGGGAUGACUUUCAACCUUGUUCGUGCUGCUAACGCCAUCCUCGAUCGCGGAAGUACCAGUAAAGGUUCGAGUCAGGUUUGGGUGUCCCUGGCACGAUACGACGAUGACUUGAUCGAGUUGCUUGAGAAAUGGGAACGGUACACUAGGGACGAAGCGAACGUUGGCAGGCGGCGGCCUGGAACUCGGGAUUUCGGAAGCGAAACUCUAAACGACAUCUUCGAAGGAGGGAAAUGGGAUAAAAGCAAGAUGGUUAGGAGUUUUGCUAGACUGGGAUGUUCCGAUGACAACGAUAUAACCAAAUCGGACAAUGGAAAGGUUAUCAUCGAUGCCUCCCUCUUUUCGAAAAUUUUUUUUUUCACUUACCACCGAUAAUCAACCUCUAGGAUGGCAAGAUCAUUACAUAUACCUUAACCCCACUCAGCGACAAGAGGUGGAAGAACAUUCAAGGACAACUCGAGUCCACAAAGGCCGGCGAAGCUGUCAUUGAUCCAGAGGAAUUCAAUAUUCCCGCUUCCGAAGGCAACUCUAUGUACGACCUCACACAGGCCGUUAAGGGAAACAGAGGAGUGGUCCUCGACGCCGCGAGGGAAGUCAGAGUUAAACUUUACAUGGGUCAGGUUUUCAUGGGAUGGGCUUGGUUCAUACCUACAUUCCAUAUGCCUCAACCUCCCCCCAAUGGUGAUCCUCAAGCUUCAGAGUCGCCCAUCCAAACAACGUUCAAGCUGACCCGGAAAGAACUCGAUUUUCCUCUCGGGAUCGGCAGCUCGAUUUUAGAUGUAGAGAUCUCUUUAGAGUGGUUGAAAAAAGCCGAAACUGAAACGGAAGGUGUUCAACCGUUGAAAACACCCGAGGAAGAAAAGGAACAAGAUUCUUCAGAACCAACAGGUUUGGCAGCUGCAGCUCAGAUGGUUGCCACUCCAGGGGUUGGCGUUGGGGAUGUUGUUGAGGCCAAGCAGGCUGGUAAGGAUUGAAUGCUGAACAUUUGAAUGCUGUGUGCUUAUAUGUAGUGGUUCACGUCGCGGAACAUCUUUGUGUAAUGUGGAAAAUAAAUCAAAACACGCAUGUAAUUUUCUUCGUUCCUGAAUUAUACUGUAG